AUGAUAGUAGUAUCAACGAUCUUGAUCGUUUUGUGUUUCACAAUCUACCUCACGAUCAGAAUCUUCACCGGAAAAUCAAGAAACGACAAGGAGUAUGCUCCAGUACACGCAACAAUCUUCGAUCUUUUCUUACACGGAGACAAUUUAUACGAUUACGAGACAGAGAUCGCAAGAAAAAAGCCAACUUUCAGGUUCUUGAGUCCAGGACAGAGCGAGAUUUUAACUGCAGAUCCACGUAACGUGGAGCAUAUGCUCAAGACAAGAUUCGAUAACUAUAGUAAAGGAGAAAAUGCUCGCGAGAAUCUUGGUGAUCUUUUAGGACAUGGGAUCUUCGCUGCUGAUGGAGAGAGAUGGAAAAAACAGAGGAAACUCGCAAGCUUCGAGUUUUCCGCUAGGGUUUUGAGAGAUUUUAGCUGCUCUGUUUUUAGAAGAAAUGCAUCUAAGCUUGUUGGUUAUGUAAACGAGUUUGCUCUCUCUGGGAAUUCUUUUGAUGCUCAAGAUAUGUUGAUGAGAUUUACAUUGGACUCUAUCUUUAAAGUUGGGUUUGGUGUGGAGUUGAGAUGUUUAGAUGGGUUUAGUAAAGAAGGAGAAGCGUUUAUGAAGGCUUUUGAUGAAGGUAAUGUUGCGACUAGUUCUAGAUAUAUUGAUCCGCUUUGGAAACUGAAACGGUUUCUCAACAUCGGAUCAGAAUCUAGACUCAAGAAGAGUGUUACUACUAUUGACAAGUUUGUCUAUAGACUCAUUACCACUAAAAGGAAAGAGCUUGCCAAGGAAAAGGACACUGCUGUUAGAGAGGACAUAUUAUCGAGAUUUCUAGUGGAAAGUGAGAAAGAUCCGGAGAAUAUGAAUGAUAAGUACUUGAGGGAUAUAAUCUUGAGCUUUAUGAUUGCUGGGAAGGACACAACCGCUGCAUCUCUCUCUUGGUUCUUGUACAUGCUCUGCAAAAACCCCCUUGUUCAGGAGAAAAUCGUACAAGAAAUUAGAGAUGUGACAUCGAGUCACGAGAAAACAGUCGAUGUAGAUGGAUUCGUUCAAAGUAUAACCGAAGAGGCUCUUGAUCAGAUGCAGUAUCUCCACGCAACCUUGUCUGAGACCUUGAGGCUUUACCCUCCAGUGCCUGUGGACACGAGGUGCGCGGAAAAUGAUGACAUUCUUCCGGAUGGACAUAGAGUGAGCAAAGGGGAUAAUCUCUACUACAUAGCCUAUGCAAUGGGUAGGAUGACUUACAUUUGGGGUCAAGAUGCCGAGGAAUUUAAACCAGAGAGAUGGCUUAAAGACGGCGUGUUUCAACUCGAAUCACCGUUCAAAUUCAUAAGCUUUCAUGCUGGUCCAAGAAUCUGCCUCGGAAAAGAUUUCGCAUACCGGCAAAUGAAGAUAGUAUCAAUGGCACUUCUUCACUUCUUUCGCUUCAAAAUGGCUGAUGAGAAGACCAGUGUGCAUUACAAGAGAAUGCUUACGCUUCAUAUCGAAGGAGGACUCCAUCUAUGUGCAACCCCGAGGACAAGCGCUUGA